CAGAAUUCCGUUCCAUAGUUCACGGGCUCGAAUUUUUGAAUUUUUUGCCUCGGAGAUUGGUCAAACGGGGGAAAAAAUUAGAAAUUUUCUCUUUCAAGGAAAUAAUAACAAAUCGAUUCUUCUUUCUUCCAGUCAGCUUCGAAAUUUCUUUCUCGUGCUUCACUGCUUGCUAAUCAAAACGCCGCAUACGUCCAACCUUCCAAACUUCAACUCCGCCCGAUUUCCAAAGGCGGCGAUCUCAUCUUAUCGUUGCGCAAUCACCUCAUAAAGCUUCUUUCGGGGACUAUAUAUCCUGGGCGAUCAAGCUUGCCAUAUCCUUCUUUCUUGCAUUGCAUUCAAUCUUGUCUACUCAUCACAAUGGGCUCUACUGACGACGGCCACUCUACCCGUGGGUUUGGCACCCUCGCGGUCCACGCCGGUGCUCCUCACGAUCCCGCCACCGGCGCUGUCAUUGAGUCGAUCUCCCUUUCUACCACCUUCGCCCAGACCAGCGUUGGCAACCCCGUCGGUUUGUACGAGUACACUCGUAGCGCCAACCCCAACCGUGACAACUUCGAGCAAGCCGUCGCUGCCCUCGAGCACGCCAAGUAUGCUCUCGCCUUCUCCUCCGGCUCCGCCGCCACUGCCAACAUCCUCCAGUCCCUCGCCGCCGGGUCGCACGUCGUCUCCGUCUCCGACGUCUACGGUGGCACCCACCGCUACUUCACUAAGGUUGCUGCUGCGCACGGCGUGCACGUCACCUUCACCCCUACUAUCGAACUGCACAUCGAGGACCUGAUCCGCGACAACGAGACCAAGCUCAUUUGGAUCGAGACUCCCUCCAACCCCACCCUCGGCCUGGUCGACAUCCGCGCCGUCGUCGACAUCGCCCGUCGCCAUGGCAUCCUUGUCGUCGUCGACAACACCUUCAUGAGCCCCUACGUCCAGAACCCUCUCGACCACGGCGCCGACAUCGUCGUCCACUCCGUCACUAAGUACAUCAACGGCCACUCCGACGUCUGCAUGGGUGUCGCCGCUUUCAACUCCGACGCCCUCAAGGAGCGUCUCUCCUUCCUCCAGAACGCCAUCGGCGCCAUCCCCUCCCCCUUCGACUGCUGGCUCGCCCACCGUGGUCUGAAGACCCUGCACCUGCGCGCCCGUGAGGCGACCACCAAUGCCACCGCCGUGGCUCUCGCCCUCGAGGCCUCCCCGCACGUUAUCUCCGUCAACUACCCCGGAAUUGACUCUCACCCUCACCGCAAGAUCGCGCUCAAGCAGCACCGCAACGGCAUGGGCGGUGGUAUGCUGAGCUUCCGUAUCAAGGGUGGCCAGGCUGCCGCGCACAACUUCUGCAAGUACACCAAGGUCUUCACGCUGGCUGAGUCUUUGGGCGGUGUCGAGUCGCUUUGCGAGGUCCCCUCUAGCAUGACCCACGCUGGUAUCCCCAAGGACCAGCGCGAGGCUGCCGGUGUCUUUGAUGACCUUGUGCGCAUGAGCUGUGGUGUCGAGGAUGCCGAGGAUCUUACUGCUGAUGUGCUCCAAGCCUUGGAGCUGGCGAUUGCCUCGAACGGCAGCGCUUAAGCAGUGCGAUUAGGGUUGGGGUUAAUGGCUGGACUUUUUUUUGCAUUUUCUUUCACGAAAAUAGACGAUUUCCCUUUUUCUUGCUCUACUAGCCUGGCGACCAUUUAUUGCGAUCGAUCGGCUGGCUACAUGGAAGCUUUCUACCAAAACUGCAUUGUUUCUGCAUAUCAUUAAU